UAUUCUGAAAACGAAAAGUUGUUCACACUGAUGACGGACGAUAAUUUCCAAAUAAUCUUUUUUAAUCCUCGUUUUAACAAUAGAAGUUCCACACUUUAUGUGGCGAAAACUGCGUGUCAUCCUAUUUCAUUGUGUGAUUAAUAUUCCAGUGAAGUUAAACCACAAAUUCUAUCGUACAAAAACAAUUAUUAUUACUGUUUCUUUAACAGUUUAAGUGUAUAGAGAUACGUGUAAAACAGGAUGUGUCGUAACUUCUGAUUUACAGUUUAGUUUCCAACACGUGCCAUUUAAAGCAUUAAAUGUCAUGUUUUGACCGCCAUCUACUUUGUGUUGGAUGUUUUUUGAAGCAGGUGAACAGUCCGUGCGAUGAUAUCUUCUACUCGUCCAACGAAGUGCCUUUAUUUAAAUUUUCGUCUGGAUUCUAACGUCGAAGUUGUUUUGUUACUAUAGUUUCCUUGUAGCACCUGUUGGAAGUGUGUGGCAAUGCCAUUAAAGCGGGUUUUACCACAGUGAUGCCUUAUAAACAUGAAAACAAUUCGUCGUCGAUUGUCUAAAGCUGCACGAACGUCUAGGCCUAACAGCGAAGGUGGUUUAUCAGAAUUAGCAGAGCAUCUGUCGCUGCAAGAGAAUGGUGGUAUUACACAGAACGCAGGAAUACAACGAAUCGGGUUUUUGGCUCGAGCCACCAGGAGGCUUUCUUUGUCGACAACACGGAUCACGGAAGUCGCAGGUGUGGUACAGGAACAUCCAAGGAUUGGAUCUGAUGGAGAAAGUGAAGAAACUUCUGGUGCCUCUGAUGAGGUUAUUUCUCCCGCAGUAAGAUUUCGACCAAAAAAUCACCGGAUAAGUCGGCAAGACAUAAAUAAACGACUUUCCCUGCCAGUAGACCUUCGUCUUCCAGAGAGUUUUGUAGCUAAACAGUCAGCUAGCCCAAACAUAGAUGGCCCACUUAGUAGAACAGUGCGUAGACAAUCCCUUUCAGAGAUUGGAUUUGGCAAGACAGAAACCUACACUAAACUAGAUAAACUAGGAGAGGGUACAUAUGCUACUGUUUAUAAAGGGAAGAGCCGACUAACCGAGAACCUUGUUGCCCUAAAGGAAAUUAGAUUGGAGCAUGAAGAAGGAGCUCCUUGUACUGCCAUUAGGGAAGUUUCUCUACUGAAGGAAUUAAAGCACAACAAUAUAGUCACGUUACAUGAUAUAGUCCACACUGAGAAGUCCCUCACACUUGUCUUUGAAUACUUGGAAAAGGAUCUGAAACAGUAUAUGGAUGAUUGUGGGAACAUACUCAGUAUGAAUAAUGUUAAGCUCUUUCUGUUCCAGUUAUUACGUGGUUUAGCAUACUGUCAUCGCAGACGUAUACUUCAUCGAGAUCUCAAACCACAGAAUUUGCUCAUUAAUGACAGGGGGGAAUUAAAAUUAGCAGACUUUGGACUUGCCCGAGCUAAGUCUGUUCCAACAAAAACAUAUUCGAAUGAAGUUGUUACGCUGUGGUAUCGACCCCCAGAUGUUUUGUUAGGCUCUACAGAAUACACUACCUCUAUUGACUUGUGGGGUGUAGGGUGUAUAUUUUUCGAAAUGGCUAGUGGACGACCCCUCUUUCCCGGGUCUACCGUGGAAGACGAACUUCAUUUAAUUUUUCGAACUCUUGGAACGCCAACAGAAGAAACAUGGCCAGGGCUCACCCAUAUUGAAGAGUUUCAGAACUUUAAGUUUCCUAAGUAUGAACUUGAGCCUCUCGUGAACAGGGUACCAAGACUGGACUGUGAAGGACUAGAUUUACUGACCAAAUUCUUGAAGUACAACCCAAAGAUUCGGGUGUCAGCUGUUGAAGCUAUGCGGCAUUCUUACUUUGAAAGCUUGGGGCCAGGAAUUCAUAAGCUACCUAACACUACUUCCAUUUUCACGUUACCUGGAAUACAGCUAAGCCGAGAUCUUGGUAGUAAAACCGUACCAUUCCUUAGUUCAAGUCGCAAUCGAAGACAGAGUAUGCUGCUAUAAUGGUAGAGAAUUGAUUAAUAAGAAGGUGUCACCAAAGAUAAGGUCCAUAAGCCUAUUGGCAGCUACUAAGGUCAAGCUAUAGGAUACAUAUCUAUGGAUUCAUCAAUUCUUCUGAAACGAAUUUGUUCAUUUCUUGUUUUGUCCAAUUGUUGUUGAGUAAGAAGAGAGAUGAAAAGUGAUAUAUAUAAACAAAUGUAUGUGAAUAUAUGCCAAAUCUUGAGUACUGAUGUCUGUGCAAUAGCCUGCUCCUGAUUCUUGAUUUUCUGAAAGAUAUUCAGAAGUAUUGAUUUUAGAAGUCACUUUAGGAUUGUUUAUAUAUAGUUUUAAGGUAAAAGAGUUUAGUCCUCUCUACUAAUCUUUAUAACAGCAUUGUUUUUGAAAAUACUUUUGUAUAGUGCAUACUGGCUUAGGUCCUGUUGUCAUUAUUUUUUAUGUAUACAGUUCAUUUCAGUGAUUUUAGAAUUUCCCAACUUUUCAUUUAUUCUGUUGAUGAAACAAUUUAAAAUAAUCAUCGGAAGGACAUAAUACUAUGUUUAAUAAGUUAAAAAAAGUGAAUUAACUUUUAUCUUUUUUUUUUCAAAUAUUUAUUUAAAUAAAAAUCUAUUAAUGUAUUGCUUUAACAUUAUAAAUAUUACAGUUGACCGACAAGGUUGUAAGUUUCCAUAAAACAUUACAGUACUUUUACCAAUGGAAAUUUCAAGGGCUCAUUUUUCUUUUUCACUCUAUAAAUAGUUUAUCAAAAAAAGAAAAGGAGCCCUAGUUUUGUUAAUAUCUAGUUUAAAAUCUUAACUUCUUAAUAACUCCAUUUGAGAUAGCUGAAGGUAUUAAAUGUGCACAUUUAAUUAUAUCUUCUUUUUUUUUAAUAGUGUUCCUCAUCACUUCAGAAUCCAAAUAGUCCCUCAUUUUAUUGUUUGUAUGUUAAUCUUUUGUGCUAAAUUUGAUGUUUGUUAUUGUGAUUUAGAAAGCAAAAAGCUGUGGCUCUUACAAAACAUUGAUACUUAAAAAAUAAGGGAAUAGGCAAACAGAAGUAUUGUUGUAAGCUAUAAACUGAAUCAUCUGAAUGUAAGAGAUUAGCCCAUUGACUGUGGCUGCUCUAAAUACAGUGCAGAAUUUUUUUCAAGCCAUACACCGUAUAUAACACACUAGCAUUCAUCUGCUGAAGGCAGACCAUACCCUAUAAGGUGAAUCAGCAGUCAGUGGGUUAACUAGAUAAGUCUUUUCUUGGUUUAAUAUGAAUUUCAGUUAAAAAAUAAGAGGUAGUUAUUCUCAACUUCAAGAAAUAACCAAAUCAUUAUGUAUUAAAUGGUAUUUAAAAAAUUAUUGGAGUCAACUUGUUUUGUUUAUUUUUUAUUAAUAAGAACAUUGGUUUAAGGUAUUUUUCAAAAUAAAUCACAAAAAGAAUGUACGUAUCAUAGGGUUGUUUACAACAAAUGCAAAAUUACUUUCCUGCAUUCUGAAAGUCAGAAUUUCAACAGUUUGUUUUUGUAAGAUGUGUAAUUUUUUAAGUGUUGAUGUCAUUAUUUGUAGUACAUAUUUUUGUAGGAACUUCAUGUUUCCAGUAUUUUUUGUACAAUCCCUGAAUGUUUUCUCACUUUGUUUCUAGUGUUCUGAUGUGUAGAGUGCCUUUGCUUGGAUUUUUACUAGAUUUAUUGUUUGUUUCUUUCAAAAUCACAUUUUACUUUUUUAUUGUAGCUUAAUUGCACCAAAAACUAUACAGGUUUUUCAACCUUAUAUUUAUUAACAUUGCAGUCACACUGUUCUGAAGAACAUAAUUUAUGGUCACUGCUGACUAGCUUCUAUAAACCAUUUGUGGUCACUGCUGACUAACUUCUAUGAUCACUUUGUAGCCACCUUUAUGGUCAUUAUUGACUCUCCUUCUGUAAAAAACACAAUCAUGUUACUUCAAGCGUAUUUUAGGCAGUGUUGUUGUAGUAUAGAUUUGGCUUUGACGGGCUGCACCUUCCUGUUUUUUGGGUAGGGUGAUGUUUCAACUUCUAUACUGAAACAUUUGAGUAAAACAAGGACUCAGCAUAGAAGUUAGAACAUUGUCUUAAAGCUGGAUUUCUACUAUGAUCAUAUUACAUUCAGUUACUAAUUUGUAGUUUUUCAUAAUUGUAGCUAUUGUUUUAUUACAAAGUUAAUAUAUUCAGGGAGUGUAAUUGAAAAAAAAAAAAACUAAUUGUAGAACUGUGAUAUGGCUUAGUGCGGUCACAUUGUGCACUGGAACUUACCUACUCCAACAUUAACCUGCUCAAAAAUAUUUAAAAAGUAAACUUGGCUGAAUGAUGUCUUUGUUUUUAUCUGAGUUAUUCUUCAAACAAGUGUCUGUUCAUGUAUAUUUUGGUUUGAUGUUGUGAUUGGUGAGUCAUGUAGGGAAGUGGUGUACAGUGGUUGGUUGGUUAGUUCAUUUAUGGACGUAGUGUACCGUGAUUGGUCAGUUUAAGCAUGGAAGUAGUGUUAUGUAGUUGUUUAUCCUAUUUUUAAACACUAAUAUUAAAAAGAAAUCUGUAAAAGAAAUUUCUUCAGCUAUGUAUUCUUUGAGCAAGAUCUUUGUACCCUUUUGUGCUGUUUUACAGGUUUUUUAUGGUAGAUUUAACAAUAUAGUAUUAGCAUUUUUGUAUAAAAUAACAUAUUAUCAAAUGCGAAAUUGUUUGUUCUGUGUCUUUAGCUGUAACAAGUGAUAUUUUGUUGUUCUGGAUGACAUUUCAUUGGGGAGGGAGUGUUAUGCUAUGGUCAAAAGAAAUGUAUUUCUUGAGCUGCUUGAACAAUCAUUUGUUAAAAUAUCAGAUAUCCAACUUCCAAGUAGUAAGAUAACUAAUUGGCUGUUGCUUAAACAAAAAUCAUUACCUCAGUGAUGAAAUAUAAAAUUUAAAUAAACUCGAAUACUUUGCAAUAACAAACCAGUUGAAAGAGGGAGCAUAGUUUGAAUUUGUAAGAGAUUUGUACACUGGGUAAUGUUUUAUAAUGUAAAUUACAAACUAAUGUGGAUACUUUUCUUUCAUUCUAAUACUUGUGUUUGUUUAAAAAAAUCAUUGAAAUGUGUUUUACUGAAUGAUUUGAGAGCAGCCUGUUAUUUUGUUUUAUAAUACCUGCCAUAGUUUUUAAAUUUGAUUAUAAAUAUACGAUAUUGUAAGCUUGUGUUUAAAGAUUAAUUUGCAAUAUUAAUUCUGAGCUCGGACAUUUUACAAGUAAGUUAACAUAAUUAAAUACUGAUAAUUUAUUGUGUAAUUUAAGAGGAAAACUAACAAAUGGAAAAUAAAUCAUAUAAAAGACUUUUAGGUCAAUUCCUCUUUUCCUUCUACAAGCUUCGACAAAUGUUUUACAAGUAGUUUUUCUAGUGAUAAUUAGCUGUUGCUAAUGGGGUGUUGGAGAUAUAGAUGCUGAAACAGAGUUCAUUUUUUUCUUUCUUUCACCUUGGAUUUUAGAGUUAUCAUGAGUUUAAUGCAUUCCAUAGCCACACUUGCAGUAGCUAGCUUUGUUAUUCUGUGUGCAGCUCAUCAUGUAUAGAUUAUUUUUCAGAAGUAAACUUCACUUUGCAAUUGUGAAUUGUUCCAAGUUGUAUUUUAUUACAUAGCUCAGCAUGAAGAAGAUAAACACGUUUAUUGUGUUUAAUUUUUUUCAAGAUUUAAGAACACUGAAAUAACUUUAUUCUCAUUCCAAUCUCUAAAUGUCCAAUAUCAAAACAAUAACUGAAAAUGACAAGAAAUGAAUAACUUUACAGGUUUAUAAAAUAUGUAAUAAACCUUAUCAUAAGUGUGUGUGUGUAUGUAUAUACACAUAGGUACUUUAAAAGAAUUUACAGCAGUGCAUGAAAGGUUAUGGACAUGAAUAAAUUUAGUCAUUUUUAUUCUCGGAUGUUGUUUGUGAAGUGAUGUAAUUUUUUUAUGCUCAUGAGAGAUUAUUAGGUUACCACUUGUGACACCACAGUUAAAUUCCUAUAGGGUUCUACUGUUCAGUGUUACGUUUGAAAUUUUGGUUUACACGGAAUUCAAAAAGACUAAUAAUAUAACUGUAAAUGUCGAGGUUUUUAAUAAUUAAACAAGAAAAAAACUGUAAAAUAUAGAAUCUUUUCAUGACUAGAUUUGCAAAUGCUGAUCUAAUAUUGUUAACAGCAAGGGUACCCAACUGAUGAAACAAUGCAUUCUAAUGUUUAUAAAUAGAAAAGUAUACUUAAUUAGCUAUACUGAUUGCCAGAUUGAUUUUUAGUUUAGCUCCAAAUAUACAGCAUACUCUGAUCAGAAGUUAAUAUCAAGUCAUAGCAUUAAAAGGUGAAGCCACUCUAGCUCUAAACCUAGGUAGACUGUUAUGAGUGUAAAAAUGGGUGUUAGACACAUAAGUUAGUUACGUAUUCUGUAUAAUUGUAGAAAAUAGAUCUCCCAGUCUCAUUUUAGCAUAAAACCGAUUUACAAUAAUCUAAGUUUUUUUAUUGAAUGCCUACAGGGAUUCUAUUAAAUAAUAUAGAUAUGUUAGGGACCCUUGUUCCUGUUCAUAACUUUUUAAAUGAUGACAGCACUAUUCUAUAGUAAAAUGUAUGGAAACAAAUAAAAACUUUUUUAUUUGGA